UACAUUGCUCAGAGUAGUAGCGGCGGAGAGGAUCGCGGAGGCCGGAACCCGGAGACGAUGCUUCGUGACGGAGACGGCGGCCGCGGCGGCGGCGCGCACCUCAUCUUUGCUUACUACAUCAACAGUCACGACGUCGGGCAGGCUACCCGCGCCCUACAGGUGGUGGAGCACCUGCUCGCCGCGGGGCACCACGUUCAUGUGGUCACCGCCGCGCCCGAGUUGGUCCGCACCACCGAGAUUGCAUCUCCUAGGCUGCACAUCCGCGAGGUCGAGCAGGUCGUGCUCGAAUGCGGCGCCCCCAACGCCCUGACCGUCGACCGCUUCCCCUCGGUCGAGAAGUACUGCGACAAUGUUGUGAUGCCCCGGGAGUCCAUUCUGAGGAGCGAGGCUAAAUGGCUCAAGUCGAUUGAGGCUGACAUAGUGGCUUCAGAUGUUGGGUGUGCUGUGAAUGGAAGUGCCGAAUCUUCGCCGCAACCCUUUGCUGAUGCUAUGACCUCGCUGAAGAGCUUAUCAGGGCUGGUUGUCAAUGGGUCAAGAAGCCCCAAGAAUCAAACUCGUGAAAAGGCCCUGCUCCCUGAUUGCAGGUCCCCACAUAUGAUGGACACUUGCGAGAGGACUCCUUCCCCACCUUCAAAACGCCUCCGUGGGAGAAGUGUACCACCAACACCAGCUGAUAAUUCAGACCUGGAGCUGCCUGCUGCUCGUCGAAGGAGCAGCAGCAGCCCACCUACCCCGGACCGGAAAAGAAGUGAGGAUGAAACAAUCGUUAUUCCAAAAGCUGAGGAUGAAAUAAUUGCUAUUCCAAAAGCUACUCCCGUUCCCCCCACAGCAGUCUAUUGGGACAUUGAGAACUCUGAGGAUGAAACUGUGGCUAUUCCAAAAGCUACUCAUACUCCCAUGACAGUCUAUUGGGACAUUGAGAACUGUACGGUUCCGAACAAUGCACAGGUAGAAGAAGUGUGUAAGAAUAUGAGGGAUGCUCUGCAAAUGAACUUCUCUGCAGAUCCUAUAACAAUCAAAGCAUAUGGGGCAUCAAACAAAAUCAGGGAGGGGCUUCAAAGAACUGGAGUCACAGUUAUUGAUAUUCAAAAUAGAAAAAAAAAUGCUGCAGAUAAGCUUAUUCUGGUUGAUAUGAUACUGUUUGCCGUGGACAAUCCGAAAAGUUCAUCAAUUUUGCUGAUCUCCGGUGAUGGUGACUUUACUCUAGCAGUUCAGCAGCUUGUCCAGCGUGGAUAUACAGUUAGGAUCGACAUUCCCUCUCUGAAUACCGCUUCAUCAUCUCUUAUGAGUGCUGGGAGUUCUGUGUGUGAGUGGCCAGUUCUUGCCCGUGGUCUCAUUGUCAUCCCCAAGUGCCUUCCUGAUAGCCUUGAUGUUUUGAAAGCUCAAAUGAUACAGCUGUUUCUUUCAAAUGGAGGACAUAUGGAUCUUGUUCGUAUUGUGCCAGCGUACAUGAAUAUCUUUGGCAAACAAUUAAGGCUAGCAAACUACGGUGUUUCUAAGCUGAUUGAUCUGUUCCUAACAAUGGGCAACCCGUUCUUUGUCAUAGAGGGAUUGGUUAUCCUCGACAUGCAAUCAGCUCUUGAAGACAGGACAACAGAUCAGAAGCUUGAUGACCCAGCCAGUACAACAAUUUCUUCAGACGCUCUAGGCAAUGUUUUGUGUACCAGUACGGAGGAUGAUGUUUGAAACCCCUGGGAGGUGAAUAUGUUGAAAACACCGACAAAAAACCGGAUUGCAUAGAGAAGGGGGUUUGAGGAUUGCCGGGUCAGCAUCAUUAUUCAUUCUCCAUGUUGAAAAGUUGAAGUGCUUUAGCUUUCUGAAAAGUUGAUGGCUGUAAGCACGUGCUAGUUUUCUUUGUUGUUUGUGUUUUGAUGCCUAAAAAGUCAAGACUACAAGAGACAACAAUGUCACAGUAAUUACAAGCAACUACAAUGACAAUGAACUAUGGCAAUGCUCACCCGCUCACUCAUAAAUCUCCAUGCUUCUAUUUUUUUUUACUGGGAAAUGUUUUCUUUCAUAAGUUCUUACCCUUGGGGUACCGUGUUACAUUUGGUUAAUUGUUAUUGUUCUGUAUAAUUUGAAAUUUUUAUGAGCUCA